UUCAGAUCAAGAGAAAAUGAUGAAAGAACUAGAUCAGACAGGUACCAAAAAUGGAGGUCACAUACUAGUUGUACCUUACCCAAGUCAAGGUCACGUCAAUCCCAUGCUCCAAUUCUCAAAGAGAUUAAUAUCCAAAGGUCUCAAAAUCACCUUAGCAGUGACAGUCUAUGUUUCAAAAACAACGGAAACUAAGAUCAACGGCCCGAUAGCAAUCGAGACGAUAUCAGAUGGUUUUGAUGAAGGUGGUUACAAGGAAGCUGGUGAUCUGGGUGUUUAUGUCCAACGGUUCAUAAUUGUGGGUUCAGAAACGUUAACCCAACUCAUUGAGAAAUUGCAAACUUCCGGUAAUCCAGUAAGUUGUGUAGUGUAUGAUCCGUUUAUACCAUGGGUUUUAGAUGUAACGAAAGAGCUAGGCCUCAUUGGGGCUGCAUUCUUCACUCAAUCUUGUAUUGUUGGUGCAAUUUACUCCAGUGUGCAAAAGGGUCUAGUGAGAGCACCAGUCCCGGCAGGCGAAGCUUUUUUAGUUCCGGGGUUGCCACCGUUGAAUGUUUCGAUUUGCCGACUUUUGUUGCUGGCAUUGGACGACAUCCAUUUUUGUUAGAUUAUCUUGCGAACCAAUUUGCUAACGUGCACAAGGC